AUGGCCGAGGGCCUGGUGAGGCCAGCGGCUGCAGAGGUGUGGCAGUGGAGCCGCAGAAAAACAGCAAAGGGCGGAGAGCCUAGUGCGGAGAGCGGCCAGCUCGUGCCUACUAGUAAACAGAAGAGGAGACUGAAUAACCCAUCAGAGGAGCAACAAUUGCAAUCUGGACAACAUCAGGUCAAGAGCACUAAUAAAAUGAGGGAACAGAAUAGACCAAAGGUGAUUUGCACUGACAGUGACGCCAGCAGUGAUACUGGUGAUUAUUCUGUGCAUGACUCUGGCACUGACAUAGGCGUUGCUGGUAGUUCUUCUGAAAAUGAAACUGAAGAAUAUUACUACCAGGACAAAUCAACACUAAAUGAGACACCUGUGAAAAAUGUAGAAGCUACUAGCAGUGAUGAAGAGAGACAAAGAUGGAAUGGCACUGCAGAAAGGCAGUCUAAUGGUUUAUGCAUUACUGACAGAGGGGCAAAUGAAACAAAUAUUUUUUUAGAUAAUGAUAGCUUUAACAGUGACAAGAAAGAAAAUGGAACUAUAAAUGAUGACUUUUUGGAAACAUACACAUCAAUGCCACAAAAUACAGCACUUACUAUGGCAAGUAGUAGGACAAGCUCUGGAAGUAUGAGCAGAAAUGCAAAUUUGGGACAUAGUGUUUACUUUGAAGAUGAUGCAUAUUCCAAGGAAGAUGAUACAGAAUAUCGUGUUCAAAAAUCCUGUUCAUUUUGGAUACCAGGACAAGAAAUAUCAUCACAUUCUAAUACUGUCACUGUUAAAUUUGUCAUGGCUGCCGGAGAAGUUCUUACACAAGCAUAUGAUAUUUCUUUAUGUGUUGGAGAAAUUAAAAGAAAUCUUUCUAGUUUGUUCAGAGUUCCAACUCAAGUAAUUCAGCUAUCAGUACAGGGAGACAUACUUGAUGAUAAUAUUGUAUUAUCUGAACUUGGGGUUGAGCCUUUUGGAAGCAUUGAGAUAGAUCUUCAGUCCACUGACAUCAAUUACCAACUUUCCACUGAAGGCUUAUAUCAAGAAUAUCCAGUUUCAGAUGUUAUAACUGUUAGAGUUGAAACAGGUGAGCAAGAGUACAGAGAUGUUAUUGUAGAAAUUGAAAAUAGAUGCACUAGAAAGCCUUUUAUUGGUGGAUAUCGUCACAAAGGAACAGGAGUGGAGUAUCAUCACGCCUUCUCACAAACACAGCCCAUUCAGAGGGAUUUAUCCCAAGAAGAAAGAAUGCAGCGUGAAACACAGACAGUAUAUUAUUGUGAUAAAAACACUGGCAUGACAAUAGCAGAAAAAUAUACACAGAUUAGACAACAGGAUUACUUCAUUCCCUGUAUCCAUGACAGAAUCAUUGUACCCCAAAAGUACAUAUCAGCACAAGACAGGAUGCAGAUGGAAGCAUUUGAAGACAAGGUGGUCACCAUUCAGAGGUAUAUACGUGGUUGGCUGGCAAGAAGAAAAAUUUCUCAGAUAAAGGAAAACCUAAAACAUUGUAUUGACUGGGAGACCAAAGAGAUUCAAAUUCAGGAGGAAGAAAGAGAAACUCAUUUAAAGCACAAUGCACAACGAAUGACAUUUCCUAAAACACGAGCAGAUUUCAAUAUGCUUUAUAAUAUGGUGGAACGCUGGAGGAAGUCAGAAGUAAUGCGGAUACUUGCAACUACAACAACAGAAGCACCUAAAAGAGUUGAAUUCUGCUCCCUCCUUGAAAAAGAAAUACAAUUACUCUCCUCAAUUGAGAAUCACAGAAUUGCUAUCAAAGAAGAAGCACUCCACAAAAGAGAACUUGAGAUUAUCAAUAAGUGUUCUGAGCCUAUAACAUGGAGAGGAUACAAAGGCCUAAUUAUUUCCAUGGACACAAUACGGACACAAAGAGCAAGAGAAAUGAGGGAUCUGUACCUGGCUCUCAGUCAACAUGAUGGUAGUAAUGAAGAGCGCGCAGAACUACUUGAAAGUUUAAAAUAUGCUAACAACAGAGACAGAAAUCAACCCAUUACUGAACAAAGUGGCAAACAUCCGCAUUUGUAUUAUACGGCUAAUAAUACCACAGAGAACUCUGUCAGUGAAACAAGUGAUAAGUAUAAAUGGAAAACAGUUUCCUAUAAUAAGAAGGACAAACGUAAAAGUGCAACGAACAAAGAAGAUGACAAAAACGAUUUUCUGUUAAUAGGUGAUUCUAUAUUAAAAAAUGUUAUUGUGCCGGACUGCAAGGUCGAUGUUCGACCUGGAAUCCGAUCACAUCAACUCAACAAACAUUUUAAGAAUGUAUUGUCCACGAAAAGAAACACGGGCGAAACUGGUAACAAAACUUUAAGUACCGACGAUUACAGAGGUGUCUUAAUCCACGUGGGCACAAACUCCAUCCGCAGUAACAGUGAGGAAGAAAUCGUGAAUGAAACGCGGAAUCUGAUUAGAUCGGCGAAAACUGUAUACCCAACAUCCAGGCUGGUAAUUAGUGGAAUCAUUCAUCGAAGAUCGGAGAUUGAAAUUAGCAAGACAAAAAAUAUGUUCUACUGUGAGAGAUGCUGCAAAUUACUACCUUACUUGGAAUUUUCUCCAAAUUCAAGAAUGAAGUCUCUGAAGCAGUGUAGUUCCUGUAUGUGGAUUCAAAAUGUUGCAGUAUCCAGAACAGACUAUGGACCAUACAGUUAUAUUAUGCAGGCUGUUCGACGUGAAGAACAGAAAAGAAAGUGUUUUUCAUCUGUAGCCUUCAUCAUGCAAGAACAAGAUUUUUAUUAUCUUGUUAUGAAUAUAUGGCAUGGUCACUCUGCCAUAAGUGAAUCACGAGAUAUAAAUACUUUGAGACUCCCUCGAUGGAAUAUAAAAGAAGAUUGGUCUCCAUGGAACUGUAUUCUCCUUACUGAUAAUGAAACGAAGGCACAUAUAAAUCUGGAGAAUAUAAAUCAAACAUAUGUUCCUGAAUUCAUAGAACAAGUUGAACACAAACAUAUGUUAGCUAAAAGACGUUUUGACCGCUUAGCAAAAAUUGUGUUGGGGUAACCAUGAGACUGACAGUAUGC